ACAACAAAAGCAUCCCCGUUAUAAUUCCUUCAAGAUUUCUGCAAAUCUUCCCAAGAAUCCCCACACAACUUUCAUGAGAUCUCUCUUUCAUUCGCACUCUCAGUAAGGAACCCCAGAUGAUGCAGAGACCACCACCCCAUGAAGAUUUCUCACUCAAAGAGACCAAACCCCACCUCGGCGGUGGGAAGGUCACCGGAGAUAAGCUCACGAGCACCUAUGAUCUCGUCGAACAAAUGCAAUACCUUUAUGUUCGUGUUGUUAAGGCCAAAGAUUUGCCGGCGAAGGAUGUCACCGGAAGUUGUGACCCUUAUGUUGAAGUUCGAAUGGGAAACUAUAAGGGAACAACUCGCCAUUUCGAGAAGAAGACAAAUCCCGAAUGGAACCAAGUGUUUGCUUUCUCGAAAGACCGGAUUCAGGCAACGAUGCUCGAGGUUACCGUAAAAGAUAAAGAUGUUAUGAAAGAUGAUAUAAUGGGUGGGGUUUUGUUUGAUCUUAACGAGGUUCCGAAAAGGGUUCCGCCAGAUAGUCCGCUAGCUCCGCAGUGGUACCGAUUGGUGGAUCGGAAAGGGGAUAAACUUAAGGGCGAGUUAAUGUUGGCGGUUUGGUGGGGGACUCAAGCGGAUGAAGCGUUUCCUGAAGCGUGGCAUUCGGAUGCUGCAGCCGUUAGUGCCGAUGGGUUAGCUAGUAUUCGGUCAAAAGUGUAUCUUUCACCGAAACUUUGGUAUCUUCGAGUUAAUGUGAUCGAAGCUCAAGAUUUGAUGCCGAAUGAUAAGACUCGGUUUCCCGAAGUUUUCGUGAAAGCGAUCCUCGGAAACCAGGCUUUGCGGACUCGAAUCUCAAUGAGUAAAACCAUAAACCCGUUAUGGAACGAAGAUUUGAUGUUUGUAGCCGCUGAACCGUUCGAGGAACCGUUGAUUUUGAGCGUGGAGGAUCGGGUUGCGCCUAACAAAGACGAGGUUCUUGGACGGUGUGCGAUUCCGUUGCAGUAUGUGGACCGGCGGCUAGACCACAAAGCGGUCAACACACGAUGGUUCAAUCUGGAAAAACACGUUAUGAUCGAAGGCGAAAAGAAGAAGGAAGUUAAGUUUGCUAGCCGGAUUCAUAUGCGGGUUUGUUUGGAAGGCGGUUAUCACGUUCUCGACGAAUCGACACAUUACAGUAGCGAUCUUCGGCCAACGGCUAAACAGUUGUGGAAAAAUAGCAUCGGGGUUCUCGAAGUCGGAAUCUUGAGUGCUCAUGGGUUGUCGCCGAUGAAAACGAAAGACGGGCGGGCCACAACCGACGCUUAUUGUGUGGCGAAAUACGGGACGAAAUGGAUCAGAACGAGAACGAUAAUAGACAGUUUUACCCCCAAAUGGAAUGAGCAAUACACUUGGGAGGUUUUCGAUCCGUGUACCGUCAUAACGAUCGGUGUGUUUGAUAAUUGUCAUCUUCAAGGCGGCGGAGAUAAAGCGGGCGGGGCCCGUGAUUCAAGGAUCGGGAAGGUUAGGAUUCGUCUCUCCACUCUCGAAACCGACCGUGUUUAUACCCAUUCGUACCCGCUUUUGGUUUUGCAUCCAUCCGGGGUGAAAAAGAUGGGCGAGAUUCAUCUUGCUGUUCGGUUUACGUGCUCGUCGUUACUCAACAUGAUGCAUAUGUAUUCACAACCGCUAUUGCCGAAAAUGCAUUAUAUUCAUCCGUUAACCGUGAGCCAGCUCGAUAGCUUGCGGCACCAGGCGACUCAGACUGUGUCAUUGCGGCUGAGCCGGGCUGAGCCGCCGUUGCGGAAGGAGAUCGUGGAGUAUAUGCUGGACGUUGGUUCUCAUAUGUGGAGUAUGAGAAGAAGCAAAGCGAAUUUCUUAAGAAUCAUGGCGGUUUUGGGUGGGUUGAUCGCGAUUGGAAAAUGGUUUGAUCAGAUUUGCAACUGGAAAAACCCGAUCACCACCGUUCUCAUCCACAUCCUGUUUCUGAUCCUCGUUUUAUACCCGGAGCUCAUUCUGCCGACCAUUUUCCUUUACCUUUUCUUGAUCGGAGUUUGGUACUACCGAUGGAAGCCGAGAAAUCCGCCACAUAUGGACACCCGUCUUUCAUGUGCCGAUAAUGCUCACCCAGAUGAACUCGAUGAAGAAUUCGACACUUUCCCAACUUCCCGACCCGCUGACAUCAUCAGGAUGCGGUACGACCGGCUGAGAAGUAUCGCCGGCCGGAUGCAGACGGUGGUCGGAGAUUUAGCGACUCAGGGAGAGCGAUUACAGUCGCUACUCAGCUGGAGGGACCCUCGAGCUACAUCACUCUUUGUGAUCUUCUGUUUAAUUGCCGCCAUUGUUCUUUACGUCACACCGUUUCAAGUUGUGGCACUUUUUACAGGCUUCUACAUGUUACGCCACCCUCGGUUUCGCCACAAGCUGCCAUCAGUGCCGCUCAACUUCUUUAGAAGAUUACCGGCAAGAACCGACUGCAUGCUGUGAGCUAAAAGGACGCGACUUUUGGCCAAAUUUUACCGAGAUUAGCCGUUGUGGUGUAAAAAAGCCGACUUUUUACUGGUAUGGCUCGUAAUUGUUGUUGUUUUCGGGUUCUGUAUUUUGUGGAUCUUGUGGUUCAUCCAUCUCAACUCAACAGUUGUGCUACUUAUAGUUUUGUAGGUUGAGUUAUGAUUCGAAUCUAUCCAUGGUUAAAUCCU